AUGGGCUGUGCCAAUUCUGCGGCGAAUAAUGCUCAUAGGUCGUGUAUGAAGCUGCUUGAAAAUGGCAUAGACGCGAACCGCACACCCACCAUUCGGAUCACCCUCAACAACAUCAGUUCAGUGAACAGUGAUAUUUCUGAGGACGAGAGCGGCAUUGUCAAAAGGACUUGGUCUGUUCUAGCCAAAGACUUGCAGGGAAAUGGGAUGCAGGUUUUCUUGCGUAUUUUUGAAAUCCAUCCGGAAAUAAAGAAACUCUUUAAAGUUGAGAAUGUUCGUCACUCGGAGCUCGCGCGUAACAUUGUGAUUAAGGGACACGCUGCCCGCUUCAUGAGCGCGAUUGGGGCCGCUGUGGAUAACAUUGAUGACCUUGACAACACCCUCGCUCAGCUGCUCUUUACUCUUGGGAAGCAGCACAAACAUUACGUGGGUUUCAAGGUCGAGUACUUCGAAGUGUUCUAUGAAGCCCUAAUGUGGCAGUGGGCGCGCGCUCUUGACGCCAGAUUUACAGCAGAAGUGUCGGACAGCUGGAGUCACGUUUUUGUAUACUUAAUGGCAAAACUGCAGGCUGGAUACAACUCUCCCCAACCUCUCGAGAUUGAGGAGGCGCCUAAGAAUGUACAUUUCCGCAAACUUUCAGGGUCUUCCAAUGGCAUCUCAGGUGACUCGCGAUUUUCCUCACAGUCUCAGGGACUUUCAGUUUAUACCAUGAGAUGA